AUGGCUUUCCAGAGCAGUGUUCUUAGAGAUGGUGAGUGGGUAACGGAAACAGUCAGCUUCCAGGAUGCUUUAAAGGCCUCCUCUUCUGUGCCCAAAGCCGCAUCUGAUCAUCAUACCGAAAAACCUGCUUGUGGUAUCCUUUCGAGGACUAUUAUAGAGAGUCCCGUUGUUCACUGGGUUCUCCCAGUGUGGUUGCGGUCACGCUCCAACAAUGAUCUUGCGUUUAUUGGGGAUCGCUUCGUUCAAAUUAGUGAACUCCGUGAGGAUGGGCAAGUCCACGAGGUUAUCAGAAAAGCCGAUUUUGGUACACGAAUUCGCAAUGCAGUCGUCCUUGGAGCACCCCCAGAUGGCCCAGGUGACAACUCGACCAAGACCGAAGACCCUGAUGUUGCUAUGCAAGACGAUACAAUGGCAUAUCAAGCCGACGUGCACCAUAUUUUACCGCCGCAACUCCUGGUGUUGAUGCUCGAGACUGGCGAUGCCGUUUUCCUGUUCAUUCAACAACAUGCAGAUGGAACGCUCGAAUUUGUGACAACAAAGUACGAGAGUCCUAGAAAUCUACAAUUUCUGGGAUACCAUCUUGCUAUUGACCCCUCGUCUCGAUACAUGGCCGCUGGGUCCGCCCAAGGGGCGUUUAUUAUCUACGAGUUGGAGUCACUUGGCACUAUGGAUUCACAAUUGCGACACCAUGGCUCUUUCCAACCUGUCAAGGGAAUUAGAGUCCGGGUAACGCAAGGCGUUAUACACAAGAUGGAAUUCUUAUACCCCCGACCCGAGGAUGACUACCAUAUCAUCCUUCUUCUCAUCAUAAUUCGACGUGAAGCCAACAAGCUAGCUCAUGUAUCCCGCAUGGUCGUCUAUGACUGGGAGCUCGGCGAUGAACUAAGCACUGUCCUCCAGUCAGAGAAGGGAACUCUUCUCCCAAGAGAACACCGGAUGCCCCUUAUGAUCAUCCCUCUCCAACUCAAUACUGCUUUCUUUGCGGUCUCGGAACAUUGCAUUGGUAUUGUAAAGAAUGCAUUCACUGGACAAACAAUUUUUGACACCAUCGAGACUCAUUCUCCUGGACAAACCGACUUGCAUCAUGGAGCCUCUGAACCCCUCUGGACGGCCUGGGCGAGACCAUUCAGGCUUAAAUCAUGGUGGGUUAAAAUGGACACUAUUUAUUUAGCCCGUGAAGAUGGUGUUGUUGCUCAGAUCGAAAUUGAUGCCACGGCUCUAGUUCCCUAUGUCCUCAACGUCGGAACUAUCAACACCAAUAUUACGACUGCGUUCACCACCGCCUAUGAUCUGUUCUCGGAUAUGCUCGUGAUAGGUGGCGAGUCAGGCCCAGGGGGUAUUUGGAAGAUCUCAGCCCGUGCCGACCCUCGGCAAGUCAGUGUUAUACCGAAUUGGUCACCCGUUGUAGACCUUGCCACGACAGACACAAAUCUCUCAUGGGCGAGAGGUAGUACACAUAAAGAGCUUUCAACCAAGCGCAAAAAUACCACAAACCUGAAACAGAAACCAGAUCGCAUCUUCUGCACUUCUGGCCGUGGACCUCGGUCAAGUUUGACAGAAUUGAGAUGGGGUAUUCAGGCAAGGAUUGGUCUGGAGUUCGAUUAUGACCAACCUGUUCGCCAGUCGUGGAUGUUUCCUAUGGAAAUUCAAGGCGAGAGAGGCUUUUAUGCUGUCCUGUCGUUGCCACAUUCUUCAGACGUGCUUCAUUUCCCUGGUGAUCUGAGCAAUGCCAGCGCUUUGUCCUCAGAUGCUUGCCCAUUUGAUAUCUCAUCGCGAACAAUCUCAGCGAUCCAGAACGGCCAAGGAACAAUUGUACAAAUCACUGAAACGUCCACAAGCUUUAUUGCACCCUUUCAGAGUUCACGACACAGCCACGAUGAGGUUUGUGGGAAGACCUCGCUGGUAGCGGACCAUGCAUCUUGCUUUGACGAUAUGAUAGUACUCUCUUCGCAUGACGCCCACGGAUCGCGGUUAGACGUCUUGCGAGUUGACGAGAUGAAUCUGUUGCACUCAACCUCAUUUGAUGCCAAGGGCGAGAUAACGUGCCUGGGCCUCUUCAAGAAAUCAACCGAGACCUACAUUGUGGCAGGUUCUGUCAAAGAUAGUACCCCUUACUUGACGAUAUAUUCGCUUGAUGGUCAAGAAAUGAGCAGCAAGACCCCCCGCCCAAACCUUGAUACUGCCGACCAAGAAUUUCUCUUCCAGAUAGAGGCAUAUACAAGUGUUGACGCAAUCUCUGAUACCGCCGAGAAGAUAAUUCUAGUGCUUGGCACGAGGACCGGGCACAUUGUGACCGUCAAGUUUGAAGGCGACCUAGAGCACAGUUCGUUCGUAAUUGAGCAGCUCGGCCUCUCACCUGCCAACGUAUUUGCGAUAUCUGGCCGGUUCAACGGAAGUCAUGCUGCUUUGGUUUGCUGUGAUAAUAAUUUGUCGAUUGUUACUGACUUUUCGACAAAGACGUCCAAAUUUCAUACCAAAAGCCGUAUCUGGGCUACCGACUCCAAUGAGCAAUCAUUGCCGUCACCGCCCAUCCACUCGGCCUUUUGUCUCGAGAACAGCCUUUCUGGCUACAAUCGCCACAUGUCUUUGAUGUUACUAACCGGAACACGGAUUAUUCUUGUGGAUAUAUGGCCUCAUGUUGGCCCAGUUCCUCGCAGUAUUCAUCUCGACGGGACACCAAUGCGUCUUAUCUACUCCAAACAAUGGAAGGCCUUGGUAGUCGCGCAUUUGAAAGACAAUCGGCCAACACUUUCUUUCAUUGACCCCGACACAGGGGAAAACAUUUCAGUAGCGACCAACAAGGAUAGACAACCGUCCGAUUACAUCUCCGGCCUUGGGCAUCCAGGAGACAGGAUAUUUGGCUUAUACGAGUGGUUCUAUGUCAAGGAUGGAAUGACAUUUCCAUUUAUCAUUGUGACCACCCAGCACGGUCGGUUGAUGAUAGUUUCUGUAAAAGCAGAGAAAGUCGAGGGUGCCAAUGGGCCGACCAGGCAAUUACAAUACUGGACCCGAUAUAAGAAGAAAGGAUUUACAGAGCCGAUUUACACGGUUGUUGGAGAUGCAGUGGGCCUUUUGUUUUGUGUUGGCAAGGUUCUCCAUUGGGAAGUUCUAGACCUCUCCGAGAAGAGACUCAAACCGAUGAAGCAGAUCAAGUUGGAUUCUCCAGCUACGUCGCUUCGUGUUGAAGGUCAUAAAGUCUGCGCAUUAACUGCACAGCACUCUUUACAAGUCAUUGACCUUGAAGUGGGAUCAGAAGACACUCAGGCGUCCAUCAUACACAGCGACCGUAUAACACGGUACACAGGGCAUGUGAUGGAGAUGGGGGAUUCUGAAGAACAACCGGGCAAGUGGCCCGUAAGUGUGAUAUCCACUUCACAAGCUGGCCUUGCUGGUGUUUGGAUCCCUUGGGGCCAACGCAAUAAAGAGUUUGAAGUUGUUUUCGAGGGGGUAUUGCCCACAUCAAUCAGGAGAUUCCGCAAGGGGCAAACCCGCCCCUUUUGGUUGGCAGUUGACCGCCAGCGGCAAUACGAUACCCUGUUCAGCACGACUGACCAGGCCGAAGUGUUAGGAGUUUCGCUUGAUGGAUCACUUCAACAUUUCUCACUGAUAGGCAUGGACCUUUGGCGUUUCCUUCGACUCAUACAAAACUUGGCAUAUCACCACCCGGAUGUGUGCCCCUUUGCGCGCAGCAACCAGUCUUCGAUAGACGACGAUAUGGAACUCGAUCUGGAUUUAGAACUGGAGCCUCAGUCUUACCCAGACAUGAUGCAUAUUGACGGCGACCUGCUCAAACGUUGUUUCGAUUUGAACGCAUUGAAAAGCCUCGUAUCCAUUGGAGAUGGCAUCGAUUUGUUUUGUGAAUACUUGGACGGAAUUGAAGAUGGCAUUCAUACGGAAGGAUUUCGGGACAAUGGUGCUGACGGCCAGGAGAAGUAUAUUGAGCUGGGCUACAAGAUACUGGAGCGCUCUUCUGCUUGUUUUUUGGGUUUUGGUACUUCGCCUCCACCCCAAAAUUUCCAGAAAUACAUCUGGCUCGCUCGCCUGCUUCGACGACCGUAUCUCGAGUUCCAGCUAAACGACAAGCAAAACGCCGAGAUGCCGCCUAAGAAGAAGGGAAACAAGAAGAACCAGCAGGACGACUGGGAGGCCGAGCUGGGCGAGAGUAUUGCCCCGCCCGCUGCCGCUGCCAAUGGUGCCGAUGGUGACGCCAACGGCGACGACGAUGAGGGCGGCGCUGGUGGAUUGAUGGCCACUCUGCGCAAGAACAAAGAGAAGCGCAAGAAGAAGGGCAUUACCGAACCCGAGCCUGCCCCCGAGGAGCCUGCUGUCGAAGAACCUCCCGUUCAAGCCCCUGUCGAGGCCAACAUCGAUGAUGAAUUCGCUUUGCCAGAGAAGAAGGGCAAGGGUGGCAAGCAGAACAAGCAGCCUGCUAAGAAGGCUGAGCCCGCCGCUGACGCCGAUGACGCCGAAGGUGGUCGUAUCUUGACCAAGGCUGAGAAGGAAAAGCUCAAGAAGGAGCGUGAGAAGCAGCGAAAGAAGGAGCAGGCCGCUGCCAAGAAGAAGGGCGGUCCUGCCCCCAAGAACGAACCCGCCAAGCCUGCCGUCGCCGAGAAGGAGGAGGCUGCUCCUGUUGAGGUUGCCCCUGAGCCCGAAGCUGCCGGAGGAAAAAAGAAGAAGCUCCCCGCUCAUCUUGCCAAGCUUCAAAAGCAACAGGAGGAACUCAAGCGUCAACGAGAGGAAGCUGAGAAGGCUGAAGCCGAGGCCAAGGCUCAGGCUGAGGAGGAGGACCGCCUUGCUGUCGAGGAAGAAAAGAAACGCGAGGAGGCCAGAGCUUUGAAGAAGCAGAAGGAGAAGGAGCGUAUUGAGCAGCUCAAGAAGGAGGGCAAAUACCUUACCAAGGCUCAAAAGGAAGAGAAGGCCCGAAAUGAACUCAAGCUUCAGCAGAUGUUGGCCGCUGGUAUCCAAGUUGGCCCUGCCGACGGCGGUGAGAAGAAGAGCAAGCCCGCAGACACAAGAAGAAAGAAGGGCCGUGGCCAACAAAAUAUUGACGAGGAGAAGGCUCUUGCAGAAGCUGCCGAACGAGCACGAAAGGAAGCUGAAAAGGCUCUGAAAGAAGCUGAAGAGAAGGCUGCCCGUGAGAAGGCCGAGGCCGAAGCCAAGGCUGCCGCUGAGAAGAAGGCUAACGAAAGUGAUAUUGAGGAUGACUGGGAAGCCGCAGCUGCCUCCGACGGCGAUGUUAAGGACAGCUGGGAUGCUGACUCUGACGAAGAGGAGGCUGGAAAGGAGCAGAAGAAUGGAAAGACACAAGAAGACUCUGCGGAGGACGACUCCGAGGACGAAUCCUCCGAGGACGAAGCUGUCACAGCCGCAAAGGCCGCCGAGGCACAGCGAAAGCGAGAGGCUGCCGAGCGUCGUGAGAAGGCUCACCAGGCUGCUCUGGCUGCCCGAUCUAAGGACAACCUGCGAUCACCAAUUUGCUGUAUUCUGGGUCACGUCGAUACCGGAAAGACCAAGCUUCUUGACAAGAUCCGACAGACCAACGUCCAGGAGGGCGAAGCUGGUGGUAUUACUCAGCAGAUUGGUGCCACAUACUUCCCCUCUGAAGCCAUUAGACAGAAGACAGCUGUCGUCAAUCAGGACGGCAAGUUCGAACUCAAGGUUCCCGGUCUGCUUGUCAUCGAUACACCUGGUCACGAGUCUUUCUCCAACCUCCGAUCUCGUGGUUCUUCUCUUUGUAACAUUGCCAUUCUGGUUGUCGAUAUCAUGCACGGUCUCGAGCCCCAGACCCUUGAGUCUAUGCGCAUGUUGAGAGACCGCAAGACUCCUUUCAUUGUUGCCCUCAACAAGAUCGAUCGUCUCUACGGCUGGAAGCAGGUUGCCAACAACGGUUUCCAAGAUAGUUUGGCCCUCCAGAGCAAGGCUGUCCGUAACGAGUUUGAGACUCGCCUCGAGAAGACAAAGGUUGCGUUCGCUGAGCAGGGUUUCAACUCUGAGCUCUUCUACCAAAACAAGUCCAUGUCCAAGUACGUCUCGCUUGUGCCCACUUCGGCUCACACUGGCGAGGGUGUUCCCGACAUGUUGAAGCUUAUUGUUCAGCUUACCCAAGAUCGCAUGGUCGGUUCUCUCAUGUACCUUUCUGAGGUUCAAGCUACCGUCCUUGAAGUCAAGGCCAUUGAAGGCUUCGGUAUGACAAUCGAUGUCGUUCUCUCCAACGGUAUUCUGCGAGAAGGUGAUCGUAUCGUGCUGUGUGGCACAGAAGGAGCCAUCAAGACAAAUAUCAGGGCACUUCUCACACCAGCACCCAUGAAGGAGCUGCGUCUCAAGUCAGCAUAUGUCCACAACAAGGAGGUCAAGGCCGCGCUGGGUGUCAAGAUCAGUGCCCCUGGCCUCGAGGGUGCCAUUGCUGGUUCUCGUUUGAUGGUUGUUGGUCCCGACGAUGACGAAGAUGACAUCGAGGAUGAGGUCGAGUCUGAUCUUGCUGUUCUCUUCAACCGUGUUGAGAAGUCUGGCCGCGGUGUCAGUGUCCAGGCCUCGACUUUGGGUUCACUUGAAGCUCUGCUUGAUUUCCUUAAGGACUGCAAGAUUCCUGUUGCCAACGUCGGUAUCGGACCCGUCUACAAGCGCGAUAUCAUGCAGUGUGGUGUCAUGCUGGAGAAGGCGCCAGACUAUGCCAUCAUGCUGUGUUUCGAUGUCAAGGUAGACAAGGAAGCUCAGCAGUACGCCGAUGAUCAGGGCAUCAAGAUCUUUACUGCCGAUAUUAUCUACCAUCUGUUCGAUUCCUUCACCAAGCACAUGGACGAGCAGCUCGAGAAGAAGAAGGAGGAAUCCAAGAUGCUUGCUGUCUUCCCCUGUGUCCUCAAGCCUGUCAAGGUUUUCAACAAGAACGACCCCAUCGUCAUUGGUGUGGAUGUUACCGAGGGUCAGCUCCGAAUCAAUUGCCCUGUCGCUGCCGUCAGGAACAAUCCCACAACCGGUGUCAAGGAAGUUGUCAAGCUGGGCAGAGUUACUUCUAUCGAGCGAGAGCACAAGCAGAUUCCUGUGUGUAAGCGAAAGGAACCUUCGGUCGCUAUCAAGAUCGAGAUGGGUGGCAACCAGCCCAUGUAUGGUCGUCACCUCGAAGAAGAGGAGACUCUGUACAGUUUGAUCUCAAGAGCCAGUAUCGAUACUCUCAAGGAGUACUACCGAAAGGAAGUCACCAACGAGGAGUGGCAGCUAAUCAUUAAGCUAAAGCCCUUGUUCGACAUCUAA